AUGUCUGGAUGGGGUAUUAAUCCACCAAGAAUAAUGCAAAAUUGGCUUGAUGUCCAUUAUAGUUUAUCUGCUGUGGAUGAAAACAUCAACUUGACUUACAUAACUGAUGACAUUCGAUUAUGCACAAUGCAACGUGCGAUACCAGGACAGCUAAUUGGAGUUUAUUUCCGUUACUUUUCACCAGAAAGAUUCCAUUAUAUAAAAUUAGCUGAAGAUUUACCAUCGAGUUUAGCCCGCCGAGCAGGACUAAAAUCGUAUGAUCGAGUAAUUUUCGUUAACGGUGUCAACAUUGAGAAUGACAAUGGGACUCAGUUUGACCGUCGAUUUAAAAGUCAACGACAUCUUCCAGUUCAAAUGCUAGUUUGUUGUCCAGCUACAUAUGAUCAUUAUAAAGCUAAUAACAUGAGUUUUUCAUGUGAUCUUCCAACUGUCCAACGUUUAAAACCAGUAUUUGCAACAUCAACAUCCGAUUCCAAUACUGAUGUGCCAGCCGUUACCUUUGAUAAUGAAACUUUUUACGCUGUUCAAUGGGAAAAUAGUAGCAUUAUUUCUACAGUUCCUCAGUUGGCAGUUUUGAAAUCACCUGAAUUCAUAAAUAUAAAUGAUAUCUGUGUUAUUGAAAUAGAGAACGAACAAUAUCGAAAAGGAAAAAUUAUUUUUAGAGGUUCACGAAAUGAGUGUGACAAGUUAAAUGUAUCUCCGAUUUCAUUAGCAAUCGAUCACGUUUCCAAGACGAUAGAUAAUUUAUCCCUUAGAGAAAAACCUAGUAUUUCGGGUCUCACUGAUGAGCAGUCUUUAUGUUCAUUAGAAGGAACUAUUACAUCGUCAUCACAGAAACGACAAGCUGAUACAAAACCAAAAGAAAUAACUCUUCCCAAUACAAAUAGUGGUACACAAAUAAAUUCGAUCAUUGAAAAUCAUCAAGACACUGAGAAUUGUCCAUGUACUAUCCUUGAAGAUCUUCCAAAUGAAUUAUUUUACUAUCUAUUCACUUUGAUUGACAUUCAAGAUUUAUAUAAAGCUUUUUGGGGACUAAAUUCAAGACUGAACAAUAUUUUUCAAUCUUGCCAAAAUUUAUCAUUAAUCUUCGACGAAAAAGUUGACCCAUUAUUGAUGGAAUUAUAUGCUCCUUACGUCAUUCGCUUAGUAAUUCAAACUUCUGCCUAUUGCAAUUUUAAUCAAUUCCCUAAUUUACGUGUAUUGGUAUUGUGUGUUGAAAACUCAGAACAACUUUCACAGAUUCAACCUAAUACGAUUCCCAAUCUGACACAUCUAUCGUUCUUGUUUGGAUCUCAAUUUACUUUACCAGAACAAUUAACUUGGCAAGUGUUCUCCAAUGAAUUUCCAUUUCUUGGUUAUGCUAAUCUUGGUUGUAUCAAAGAAUCUAUCUCUGAUAUAUGGCUUAUGUCACCUCGUCUUCGAUUUGUGUCCAUUCUUUCUUGUAAACCCAUGUUUAUUCCUGUUAUUUUAGCUGCAUGCCCUAAUCUUGAUCAUCUUCAAUUUCAUGUUAUUUGUGAUAAUAAUACUGUCACUUCAUCAUCACCAGUUAAUCAUCUGCUUCGACAAUUGACGCUUUGGAGUGAUUCUAUUGAACUAUCUUUUGAUAUUAUUGAUAAAAUUCUUAUUUAUACACCUAACGUCGAACACUUAUAUCUACAAACAAUAUAUUCAAAGUCAUUGAUUGAUUUAGCUCAAGGUUUGAUUAAUCGGUUACAUGAUUUGUCUCGAUUUGACUGUUAUAUUCAAGAAAUGUUGGGAAAAGAUGAGAGAAUUGAUAAUUUAACUAAAUUACAUCAAGUUCAUCCGUGUUUUAAUCGAAUUCAAUCAAUAGAAGAAGACGACAAAUUUCGAAUUUUGGCCACUAAAUAA